GGGCGCGGGGCCGUCGCUGGGGCCGGGAGCGCCGCGGGGACCGGGAGCGACCCCGCCGCCGCCUCGGGGCCUGGGGGGGGACCGGGCGUUGCGCUCGGCCGCGGGCGGGAGGUGGGGGCGAGGCGGCCGGGCCAUGGGGCCGCUGAGGCAGCAGUGUCAUCUUGGAGGAAUAUAACAUUACUGCCCCACUAACUCACUGGAAAUGUUAGCUCAUCUACACCUCUGCCUGCAGUGCCUAUCCUAUGUCAGUGUAGCCCAGUGGAGGAAGAAGAGCAGCAAAUAGAUUUCAGAGAGCUUAUUUGUGCUUCACAGAUGUGAUCGUUUGUCCAAGCUCAACAGGAUGGAGGGGAAGAACUGGUACUAAGUUCCAGACAACAUGGUUCUAGCAGAGUCCAAGUCUCUUCUUUAAAGAGAAGUUCUGUCAUCUCGGAGGCUGAAAACCAAACACUUCAGUAAACAAAAAUGGAAGGAGGCAACAGUCCAAAUCUGCAACUUCAGCAACUCCCACUGGCCACAGCAGCGGUUUCUGUGCAGCCACACACAGACUCCUUUUCUUACAAGGAGAACUUGAUUGGUGCAUUACUAGCUAUUUUUGGGCAUCUUGUUAUCAGUAUUGCACUCAACCUUCAGAAAUACAGCCACAUCCGGCUGGCAGGUUCCAAAGACCCCCGAGCUUACUUCAAAACCAAGACAUGGUGGUGUGGACUGUUUCUGCUGGUGCUGGGAGAACUGGGAGUGUUUUCCUCUUAUGCUUUUGCUCCUCUUUCACUGAUUGUGCCUCUCAGUGCAGUGUCUGUUAUAGCUAGUGCGAUCAUAGGAAUUAUAUUUAUUAAAGAAAAAUGGAAGCCCAAGGAUUUCUUGAGGCGCUAUGUUUUAUCCUUUGUAGGCUGUGGUUUGGCAAUUAUUGGAACUUACCUACUGAUAACAUUUGGACCUAAUAGUCAUGAGAAGAUGACGGGAGAAAAUAUCACUAGGCAUUUAGUGAGCUGGCCAUUUCUGUUGUAUAUGCUUUUGGAGAUCAUCGUAUUCUGCCUGCUACUGUAUUUUUACAAGGAGAAAAAUGCAAACUACAUUGUAGUUAUUCUCCUGCUGGUGGCUUUGCUGGGUUCCAUGACUGUUGUGACCGUGAAAGCUGUGGCAGGCAUGAUCGUUGUCUCAAUACAAGGAAACCUCCAACUCGACUACCCAAUAUUUUAUAUUAUGUUGGUGUGCAUGAUUGCUACAGCAGUCUUUCAAGCAACAUUUUUAGCUCAAGCCUCACAGCUGUAUGACUCGUCUCAGAUUGCUAGCAUCGGCUAUAUCCUGUCCACAACAAUAGCUAUCACAGCAGGAGCAACUUUCUACUUGGACUUCACUGGCGAAGAUGUUCUCCAUAUAUGUAUGUUUGCACUUGGGUGCCUCAUAGCGUUUCUAGGUGUCUUCCUGAUCACAAGAAAUAGGAAGAAAUCCAUACCCUUUGAACCUUAUAUAUCAAUGGAUGCUAUGCCAGGCAUGCAAAACAUGCACGAUAAAGGGAUUGCAGUUCAGCCUGACCUCAAAGCUUCCUUUUCCUAUGGUGCCCUAGAGAACAAUGACAACAUGCCGGAAAUUUAUACUCCAGCUACAUUGCCAAUAGUGCAGGAGCAACAUGGUUCCAGAGGAGUUUCUGCUCCACCCUACCGGGUGCUGGAGCACAGCAAAAAGGAGUGAGUGACCGAUCUUUAAGGAACUGAUUUGAAUCAUCAGAAGUAUGACCUUUAUUUAUUUACCUGUUAAAAUAUAAGCAAGUGUAAAACCAACCUUGGUAUAGUUUAAAGCUUGUCUCAAACUUAACUUUCAAGGCUGAUUAUUAAAAUAAACAGCUCUCUAUAGUUGUGAAUUUGAAAGUGUUCAUCUUAGCAAGAAGUAAAUCACAGUUCUCCAUUGAAGGCUGCUGUCUGGGAGUGUGAAAUGCAGAAUGCAGUGUCGUGGCUUUAUGAAACCUGUGGGAUGACAGAUGCUGUAGAAAUGCAGAGCUGUGGGAAGAGAAGUGACCGUGCAAUUUUUAGCCCUGCUGGCAGUGAGUUUAUCUCCAAAUAGAAGUUUUCAGGAGUUGCUCACAGUGAGAGGAGGGAAGGAUUUAAUCUCUUAUGCAGAGAGACUGAUGAUUUUCUGGAAAAGUUGUAAAUCCUCAUGUCUCUAACAUAACCACCAAGCUACCUUAACGUGGCAAUAAAAUGUAAUCACUUUCAAGCAUGAAUAGUGGAACUUACUGUGUCGUCUUGGGCACUUCUGGUAUAACUGUUCUCCAGCUAGCAUUGAACAUAUGCACUGAGCACAUGAAUUAUUUUUGUAGCACCACUGGAUUAUAUGGCAGUUUAGAACAAAGAUUUUGCCAGUUUUCUGGUUUCAUAGCAAAAACUUCAAGUUGGAUCAAAUGGUACAGAGGGAACAUUGUGAAGUAGAAGAGGGAGGAAAUGAGAAUAGUAACAUGACUAAAGGGGAUGUUUUUGUAGUUCUUGAAGAGGUCCUAAUUCUUUAUUUUUAUUUUCUCUGUGGCUGAGGCAGGAUUUACAAUUUUGUUUAGUGAUCUUAAAUGCUUAAAAGAGCCAACAUUCCUUUGGCAGUGUUAAAAAGCUAAGUUUAGGUGGUGUAGGUUGGGGUGCCCUUUUGUGCCCCUUUUUUUCUAAAAAUUGAAAAAGGUACUGGCCUAAUACUAUGAGUGACCUGGGAGGAAGAAAGAAGCAUACACAGUCCAGCACUCAGUACUGGAAGAAUAAUGAAGCUUUGUGUACUCAUAAUAUUUAUCUUUCCAGCCGCCAAGAGAAGGCUGUAAGCUGAUACAAAGGGAGAAUAGACACAAGGUGGGGGAAGCUUAGAGUCACAGAAUCAUGUCAAGUGAAGGGGACAAAGUACAUAGGUUUACUGGCAUAUGCAAGUUACUUUGACGUUUUGAUAUCCUCAUUUCUCUAAAAGCAGUUGUUUUACUUGGAAACAGAAUUUUAAGUCUGCUUGGUGUGUCCUGGACUGUACACAUAUAAGAGCGUCUCCUUAAGACCUUAGAAGGCUUAAUUUGAAAUGAAUAGUGAACGUGUUUUGUGCAUUUUUAAGUGCUUACUCUGGUUCCAAGGGUCUUGGAAGGAUCUUGGGCUUGCAACAGUGUCUUUCUGCAGUUUUUUAUUUUUUUUAAUUUGACUCAUGGCCAGGUUCUGUUCCUACUACCAAAAUUUCCCAAGAGCUCCACUGAUUUGUGUGUAGUUAUUCCUGAUUCCUCCUCUUGUAGAUGACAACAGAACUAUUCUUUCCCAUGUUUGCCUUGCCAGCUAUGAAUACCAAUUUAAUCUGGAAAUACUUGAGACUGCUUUGGUGUUUUUGUGCAGCUUAAAAAAAAAAAAACACCACCACCUUCCUCUGCAGAGAGCAGUUGCUUAGUGGCUGUACAUGUGCCUGUCUGUGAAGUUUCUUCACCAGCUUGGUAUAUCUGACAAUUUAAAUCUUAUCAGUGGCAUCACAUACACUACAGCUUACGAAACCUAAAGAAAUACCAGCUUUUCUUUUGCCCACAAUACUAUGUGUGCUUAAGUAAGAUAACAAUGUUAAUGGGCUAAUAUUACCAGUAUGUUAAUCUCAUUGAAGUUGCAGUGACACUGAUUUUCUACCUUUGGCUCUAUAUCCCCAGUAAUUGAUUUUGUGAAUUUACGUGCCGCUUUUGUUCAUUAAAAUACAAAACAGAGUAGUACAGUGGAGUCUGGCUGGGCAGGGUACAAGUAUAUAGGCUUUCCUUUUCUCUCGCCUUUCAGAGGCAGUAGCUGAUUGACCUGAUCAUUCUGAAAGCGCAGAGACAUCCUGUUUUAAAACAAGCUGUGCUAAAUCAUGCAUACGUACGGAGUCUACAUUUUACAUAGUAAUAUUGUGUUUAAUUACUACGGAGGUAUAAAAUGCUUAUACUGUAAAACCGUUUAUCAGAAGGGCCUGCUGUUGACUCCUAUCCAUAGGAUGAUCCUCUGCGUAAGUGAACACAGCUUUCCCAGUUCUUAGUUUCUCAGUAGUAGUUAAAAACCGCAGCUGACUGAUGUGCAGACUUUGUGGCCAGUUGUCUUUUCUGGUUAGCUGGUUGGGGUUUUCUCCUAAUCGUAGGGUUGUCUUUUCAUGAGAGACAGACACAGUGCUUUGCUGGAGGAGGGGGAGAGUGUUACUCUGAGUGAUGCUGAGCAUCCACGUGUACUUACUUGUGUUGUGUGGGCCUUUCUCUGGCCUGAUUCAGUGAUUUUUUUAGAAGUAAGCUACCUGAUUACCCACAGCACUGCAGCCUGGGCACUGGCUGACUCCUAGCCUAAUGUUCCUCUCUUCCACAGAGUCCUUAGCUGUCAGCACAUGGCUGUUGUCUGCUCUGCCUGACCGAGCAGAACCUUAACUUUUACACUGUUGCGGUAUUUUGGUUCUUUUCUUUCACAGUCUCUACAGGCAAGAGUCCUGCUACUGUGUUUCACACAGUCACCUCUCAUUUGCUUGGUCUGUGCGUGUUUCAGUAAUUCUACCUGAUAGUUACCUUUACAUUCAGUGAGACUUGCUUUUGGAAGCUUUCUGACAAAGGAUUUCAAAGGAGGUGAUGUUUAUUUCUAGAGCAUGUAAAUCAUAAUAUUUUAGAUUAUUCGGUUGUGCCACAUCAGCAGAGCCUGAGGUGUUCCUUGGGCUAUAGGCCUCAACUGGCGCACUGAUGUUGCGAGAGUUGCAUUCUUGCCAGUCUGUUAGCCACUGUAAGUGUGGUGCUAGGAUUGCCAGGGCGCACCUCGCCCCUGCUUGCUGCCUAUGUUCAAUACUUGAAUUUUAGAUUUUGUGGUUUUCAUUGUUUAUGUAUUUUUCCCCCUUUCUUGCUCAUUCUCCCAAGCUUUCAGAAGAAUUUACUUUCUGAUCUACAGCAGUUUUUUACAGCUGCCAUCUCUGUUGCUGAGAAGGCAUGAGUAGGGGCUCCUAGAAACUAAAUGUCUGUUUAAACUGAGUGUUGGCCUUCCCCAGCCUAACAGUGGGGGGGAUAGCUCAGGAUUACGAUAAACUCCUUACCUCUCUUGUAAUAAAGAGCUUGCGUGCUGAAAACAGGAUGCUAUUUGUACCCUCAGAUCUGUACUUCUAACAGAAUAUUUGUAGGGCUGAGGUGACAAUGGUGCCCAGGAUUGCAGCAAACACAGCUAAAAUACAUGUGAAGAUUUAAAGGAGAGGAGCCCCGUGCCACAUGCUAAUUAUUCUUGCAGCAUGAAAAGGGAUCAGUUGGUGUAAAGCACACUCGAACAAGUGUAUGUCAAAGCUUCAGUUUAUCAAGAACUGAUCCUGAGAGAGGCAGGGCACUGUAAACAGCGGAGUGUGCUUAGAUUUCCAAAUAUGCAGCAUUUCUUUUCAAAAAUCAAAAGCUGAAAAAGUGAGCACAGAAAUCAGCUGACUGUCUCCUUUACUAGUCUGGGAGAAUAUCUCCUUGACUCUCUCUCCUAGUUUCCUUAUCAAAUGUGAACUGACAUCUAUUGCCUUUACACUGUGUGGCUUUUCAAUGCACCAGAGCACUUACUUUGUUCUCACUGUAUAUCUUGCAUAUAACUUUAUGCUGUGGAAUACAAUUCCAAUGUUGGCUGAAUGUACAAAAUGAUCUGCUUACAAUGUUCUCUUGUUCACAUUAAAAUGUGCAUAUAAAUCUUAUGGUCCAACACUGUAAAGCUAGGAUGACCGCUUAAUUUUUCAUAAGCGAUGUUGCAUGUCUAUUUAAUUUUGUCUUUUUGGUGAGACCUUUGGAAAUGAAAAUUAAUAAAAGAGCCUGAUAAA